GCGCUAUUGCUGGAGCGCGGUGACGUCAUCGUUCCUCUACUCCGGUUAGGCGCGCGCGAAAGUAUCGGAGUGAAAUCGCACGAGCUUGCGCUGAUCCAACCCUGCAGAAACUCCCUCUAAUCUUCAAACAUCUUCAAAAAUAUGGCGGACACAAAGGAGGCACAAGAAGAUCACGAACCAUCCACAGAAAAUGUAGAAGACGCCAACCACGACCCCCAGUUUGAGCCCAUAGUCUCACUACCUGAGCAGGAUGUCAAAACUCUAGAGGAAGAUGAAGAGGAACUUUUCAAAAUGAGGGCAAAGCUGUACCGCUUUGCCAGUGAGAACGACCCCCCUGAGUGGAAGGAACGUGGGACGGGCGAUGUUAAACUCCUCCGACACAAAGAGAAAGGUUCCAUCCGCCUUCUCAUGAGAAGAGAUCGCACUCUCAAAAUCUGUGCCAACCAUAACAUUAUGCCGUUGAUGGAACUGAAGCCCAAUGCAGGGAGUGACAGGGCCUGGGUGUGGACCACACAUGCUGACUUUGCAGAUGAACAACCUAAAGCAGAGCUGCUGGCAAUCAGAUUCCUCAAUGCAGAGAAUGCACAGAAGUUCAAGGUCAAGUUUGAUGAAUGCAAAGAAGAGGUCCGAAAGUCUCUAGAAAGUGAGAUAAAUAGUCCAAACAAAGUGGCAGAGAAGUUGGAGGAGCUCUCGGUGAAGGACGACAAGACAAAAAGCUCAGAAGAGAAAAAAGUGGAGGUCAAGGAAGAGAAAAAAGGAAGGAUGAAAAGAAAUGAGCUCAGGAGCGUUGAGACACAUGGAUCCUCCACUUGCCGUUUUUCCCUUUUCUACAACAGACUCAAAUUAAAAUUGGACACUUUAUUCCUUUUUGGCCUCUUGACUUCACAAGACCUUGGUGCCACUCUUAAUGCGUCCAUUUCCUCUAUCAUCAAGCUGUUGUGAACACGUCUCCCAUUUGCAAACUCUCAUAUCGCCCUUCAUUUUCUCAUACAUUGUGGACCAUUUGUCAGCUAUCAUGUUUUGUGUAGUGACAAGGCUUGUGCUAUUGAUCGAUUCCCACAUUGGGUAACCUCUUGUUUUUUUUUCUUUUGUACUUUAAAGAGUUAUAUUGAGAGUUUCUAGAUGAGCACUGUCUGAUGUGAGAGCAGGUUGUAUGAGUUGAUAGGGAGUGUGAGUAUCUGAGAUCUCUGACUUUUCUUUACAAUAAAGUCACAUGAGGAAACAUUUGACUUCUCUGUGGCUCUAAUAGACUAUUCUUUGCAUAACACAUUUUCUGUGGAAGGGUAUAUCUGCAAAAAGUUUGUCAGCUUUGACAUCAAUAACUGAAGGAAGUUUUCAACCUGCUUUGAGUGUGACCCUCUUCUGUUUAAAAUGGAAAUCCUGACAAUAAAAAAAUGGUUGACUUGGUUACUGCUUACUGUUUGUGGUGCUCCCACAAGCUGGGUAAGCCUCAAUGGUUAAUAUUUUGUCAGGUUGAUCCGCAUGGUGCGUUUAAAAUGAAUGUGCAUAGGAUAUGGAACAGGUAGCUACUUUCUUUAUAAAUCUAGUGUGUUUAUACAUAAGACUUGCUACAAUUUCCAAAAAACUUUAAUUGCAUUGAAUACAAAGACUUAUCUUGCACACAGGAUAUUUGUGGCUCUUAGAGGGAUUUUUUUUCUUCUUGUUUUGCCUUUUUGUUUAAACUUUGUGCAUUUUAGUAUACGAUUUAAGAAAUUGUGUAUGAUGAAUAUUAAGUUUCCAACAUUCCCUGGUUUGAGCAUUUUUGAUAAAAGCAGCAGGUCCCUUAAAUUGCAUUGACAUUUGAAGAGCUCACAUUUUAUAGUGGUAACUAAUUAUUAAUAAUAAUGUCAAAGGGUUGUGAACAAAUUAAAAAAAUUGAUGCUUAUUCAUA